AUGGAGGGCAGUUUUGGACAUCUGGUAGGGACUAAAAAUGAACCAUUUGUUAUUGCCAUUUACUUUGGAACGUCUGAUCCUAGUGACAUUGAAGAAUUCUUGCAAGAUUUUGUUAAUGAGGCUAAAAAUCUAAUCAACAAUGGUUAUGUACGAAAUCAAAGAACUUAUGAUUUUUUUAUUAGACAUUACAUUCUUGAUGCUCCAGCUCGAGAGCUUAUAAAAUGUUGUAUAGGUCAUAAUGCAUAUGCUUCUUGCGAGAAAUGUACAGUGUGGGAAGAACGAUCGGAUAACAGGCAGACAUAUGUUGAUCUUGAUGCUCCUUUGAGAACUAAUGAAUCUUUUAAGAAUCAAACACAGUCUCACCAUCACAAAGGAGUGUCACCUCUUCUUAGAUUGAAUACUCAAAUGAUUUCUCAGUUUCGUUUAGAGUCCAUGCAUUUAGUAUACGAGGGUGUAUUUAAGAGAUUGUUAGAAGUAUGGAUGCGAUGGAUAGGCCCAUGGAAGUUGCAUUGA